UGUCUAUAUUUUUAAAUAUUUUGUUUUCUAUCAAUUACAGCUUCCUACGGUCUUAGACAGCCGUUCUCAGGGUAUCGACUUGAGAUCUUGGGGAAGAGUAUUAUCUGAUAUAUCACCAAGAAUUCAGGAGUUUAUCCAUCGGCCAAGUGUUCAGGACUUGCUGUGGGUAACCAGACCCCUCCUGCAGAACAGUGGUCCCGAGACCUUCACACAGCUGAUGGGCAUCCUGUCCGACCUCCUGUGUGGUUACCCAGAGGGAGGGGGCUCUAGAGUCUUCUCCUUCAACUGGUACGAAGACAAUAACUACAAGGCCUUCCUGGGGAUUGAUUCCACAAGGAAAGAUCCUGUCUAUUCUUACGACAAAAGAACAACAUCCUUUUGUAAUGCAUUGAUCCAGAGCCUGGAGUCCAACCCUUUAACCAAAAUAGCCUGGAGGGCGGCAAAGCCUUUGCUAAUGGGGAAAAUCCUUUUUACUCCAGAUUGCCCCGCUGCACAAAGGAUACUGAGGAAUGCAAACUCAACAUUUGAAGAACUGGAACGUGUUAGGAAGCUGGUCAAGGCCUGGAGAGAAGUGGGGCCCCAGAUUGAGUACUUCUUUGAGAACAGCACCCAGAUGACCAUGAUCAGAGAUACCUUGGGACACCCAACAGUAAAAGACUUUGUGAACAGACAGCUAGGAGAAGAAGGUAUUACUACGGAAGCCAUACUAAACUUCUUCUCAAAGGGCCCCAGAGAGCGCCAGGCUGAUGACACAACCACCUUUGAUUGGAGGGACAUAUUUAACAUCACAGACCGCUCCCUACGCUUGGUCAGUCAAUACCUGGAGUGCCUGGUCCUGGAUAAGUUUGAAAGCUACGAUGAUGAAGUUCAGCUCACCCAACGAGCCUUGUCUCUCCUGGAGGAAAAUAGGUUCUGGGCUGGCGUGGUGUUCCCCGACAUGUACCCCUGGACCAGCUCCACACCCCGCCACGUGAAGUACAAGAUCCGGAUGGACAUAGAUGUGGUGGAGAAAACGAACAAGAUCAAAGACAGGUACUGGGAUUCUGGUCCCAGGGCAGAUCCUGUGGAAGAUCUCCGGUACAUCUGGGGAGGCUUCGCCUACCUGCAGGACAUGGUCGAACUGGGGAUCACAAGGAGUCAGGCACAGGCGGGAGCUCCAGUUGGCGUCUACCUCCAGCAGAUGCCUUACCCCUGCUUUGUGGAUGAUUCUUUCAUGAUCAUCUUGAACCGCUGCUUCCCGGUCUUCAUGGUGCUAUCAUGGAUCUACUCUGUCUCCAUGACCGUUAAGGGCAUCGUCUUGGAAAAGGAGUUGAGGCUGAAGGAGACCCUGAAAAAUCAGGGCGUCUCUAACGCGGUGAUUUGGUGUACCUGGUUCCUGGACAGCUUCUCUAUCAUGUCCAUGAGCAUCUUUCUCCUGACCAUAUUCAUUAUGCACGGAAGAAUCCUCCAUUACAGCAAUCCCUUCAUCGUCUUCCUGUUCCUGCUGGCUUUCUCCACCGCCACGAUCAUGCAGUGUUUCCUGCUCAGCACCUUCUUCUCCAAGGCCAGCCUGGCAGCAGCCUGCAGUGGCGUCAUCUACUUCACCCUGUACCUGCCACACAUUCUGUGCUUCGCCUGGCAGGACCGGAUGACCGCUGACCUGAAGAAGGCUGUGAGCCUGCUGUCUCCUGUGGCAUUCGGGUUUGGCACUGAGUACCUGGUCCGCUUUGAAGAGCAAGGCCUGGGGCUGCAAUGGAACAACAUGGGCAGCAGUCCUGUGGAAGGGGACGAGUUCAGCUUCCUGCUUUCCAUGAAGAUCAUGCUUCUUGAUGCUGCUCUGUAUGGCUUGCUGGCCUGGUACCUUGACCAGGUAUUUCCAGGGGACUAUGGAACGCCUCUUCCCUGGUACUUCCUUCUUCAAGAGUCUUACUGGCUUGGCGGUGAAGGGUGUUCAACCAGAGAAGAAAGACUCCUGGAAAAGACUGAACCCCUGACGGAGGAGCUGGAGGAUCCGGAACACCCGGAAGGAAUAAAUGACUCCUUCUUUGAACGUGAGCUCCCAGGAUUGGUACCUGGAGUAUGUGUGAACAAUCUUGUAAAGAUUUUUGAGCCUGGUAGCCGGCCGGCCGUGGACCGCCUUAACAUCACCUUCUACGAAAACCAGAUCACUGCGUUCCUCGGUCACAAUGGAGCAGGGAAAACCACCACCCUGUCCAUUCUGACAGGUCUGUUGCCGCCAACAUCUGGAACAGUGCUCAUUGGGGGAAAGGACAUUGAAACCAACCUGAAUUCCAUCCGGCAGAGCCUGGGCAUGUGUCCCCAGCACAACAUCCUGUACCACCAUCUCACGGUGGCCGAGCACAUCUUGUUCUAUGCCCAGCUGAAGGGGAGGUCCUGGGAGGAGGCCCAGCUGGAGACAGAAGCCAUGCUGGAGGACACAGGCCUCCACCACAAGAGGAAUGAGGAGGCCCAGGAUCUGUCAGGUGGCAUGCAGAGGAAGUUGUCUGUCGCCAUUGCCUUCGUGGGGGAUUCCAAGGUGGUGGUUUUGGAUGAGCCCACCUCUGGGGUGGACCCCUACUCCAGGCGCUCCAUAUGGGACCUGCUUCUGAAGUAUCGCUCAGGCAGGACCAUCAUCAUGUCCACGCACCACAUGGACGAGGCUGACCUCCUUGGAGACCGCAUCGCCAUCAUUUCCCAGGGACGGCUUUACUGCGCGGGCACCCCGCUCUUCCUCAAGAACUGCUUUGGCACAGGAUUCUACUUGACCUUGGUUCGCAAGAUGAAAAACAUGCAGAACCAGAGAGGUGGCUGUGAGGGCGCCUGCAGCUGCGCAGCAAAGGGCUUCUCGGCCCGGUGUCCAGCCCGCGUGGACGAGAUAACCGAGGAGCAAGUCUUGGAUGGGGAUGUGAAUGAGCUGAUGGGCUUGGUUCGCCAUCAUGUUCCAGACGCGAAGUUGGUGGAAUGCAUUGGUCAAGAACUUAUCUUCCUUCUCCCAAACAAGAAUUUCAAGCAAAGAGCCUAUGCCAGCCUUUUCAGGGAGCUGGAGGAGACCCUGGCCGACCUGGGACUGAGCAGCUUCGGAAUUUCUGACACUCCCCUGGAAGAGAUUUUCCUGAAGGUCACAGCGGAUUCUGAUUCGGGAUCUCUGUUCACUGGUGGCACUCAGCAGAAAAGAGAAUACGCCAACUUCCGACACCCUGGUUUGGAUCCCAGUGAGAAGGUCAAGCAGCCUGCUGAGGUUUCCCACUCCUGCUGCCCAGGGCAGGGUACUCACCCUGAGGGCCAGCCUUCCCCCGAGCCGCAGGAACCUGGCACCCCCCUCAACACAGGUUCCCGGCUGGUCUUCCAGCACGUGCAGGCACUGCUGAUCAAGAGAUUCCACCACACCGUCCGCAGCUACAAGGACUUCCUGGCCCAGAUUGUUCUCCCGGCCACCUUUGUGUUUUUGGCUUUGAUGCUUUCCGUCAUCGUGCCUCCAUUUGGUGAAUUUCCCGCCUUGACCCUUCACCCCUGGAUGUACGGGCAUCAGUACACGUUCCUCAGCAUGGACGAGCCGGGCAGUGAGCACCUUGAGUUACUGGCAGAUGUCCUUCUGAACAAGCCGGGCUUUGGCAACCGCUGUCUGAAAGAGGAAUGGCUUCCGGAGUACCCCUGUGGCAAUUCAACCCCCUGGCAGACUCCCGCCGUGUCCGCGAACAUCGCCCACCUGUUCCAGAAGCAGAAGUGGACAGCGGACAGCCCCUCGCCCUCCUGCAAGUGCAGCACCAGGGAGAAGCUCACCAUGCUGCCCGAGUGCCCCGAGGGCGCCGGGGGGCUCCCACCCCCAGAGAGAAUACAGCGCAGCUCUGAGAUCCUACAGGACCUCACGAACAGGAACAUUUCCGACUACUUGGUCAAAACGUAUCCCGCUCUUAUAAGAAGCAGCUUAAAGAGCAAAUUCUGGGUCAAUGAACAGAGGUAUGGAGGGAUUUCCAUUGGAGGGAAACUGCCUGUUCUCCCCAUCUCUGGGGAAGUACUUGUUGGUUUUUUGAGCGACCUUGGCCAGAUGAUGAAUGUGAGCGGGGGCCCAAUCACCAAAGAGGCCUCGAAAGAAAUGUUAGACUUUCUUAAGCAUCUCGAAACCAAAGACAACAUUAAGGUGUGGUUUAACAACAAGGGCUGGCAUGCCCUGGUCAGCUUUCUGAACGUGGCCCACAAUGCCAUCUUACGGGCCAGCCUGCCCAAGGACAGGAACCCAGAGGAGCAUGGAAUCACCCUCAUCAGCCAGCCCCUGAACCUGACCAAGGAGCAGCUCUCUGAGAUCACAGUGCUGACCACUUCGGUGGACGCUGUGGUCGCCAUCUGUGUGAUUUUCGCCAUGUCAUUCGUGCCAGCCAGCUUUGUCCUUUACUUGAUCCAAGAGAGGGUGACUAAAGCCAAACAUCUGCAGUUUAUCAGUGGCGUCAGCCCCACCACCUACUGGUUGACCAACUUCCUGUGGGACAUGCUGAAUUACGCUGUGAGCGCGGGACUGGUGGUAGGCAUCUUCAUCGGGUUUCAGAAGAAAGCUUACACGUCUCCAGAAAACCUUCCUGCCCUUGUUGCGCUGCUCAUGCUGUAUGGGUGGGCGGUCAUUCCCAUGAUGUACCCAGCGUCCUUCCUCUUUGAUGUCCCCAGCACAGCCUAUGUGGCUCUGUCGUGUGCUAAUCUGUUCAUCGGCAUCAAUAGCAGUGCCAUCACCUUCGUCUUGGAAUUAUUUGAGAACAACCGGACGCUGCUCAGGUUCAACGCCAUGCUGAGGAAGCUGCUCAUUGUCUUCCCUCACUUCUGCCUGGGCCGGGGCCUCAUCGACCUGGCACUGAGCCAGGCUGUGACAGACGUCUAUGCCCGGUUUGGUGAGGAGCACUUGUCAAAUCCAUUCCAGUGGGACCUGAUUGGGAAGAACCUGGUGGCCAUGGGCGUGGAGGGGGUGGUGUACUUCAUCCUGACCCUCCUCAUCCAGCACCACUUCUUUCUCACCCGAUGGAUUGCAGAGCCUGCUAAGGAGCCCAUUGUUGACGAAGAUGAUGAUGUGGCGGAAGAAAGGCAGAGAAUUGCUAGUGGGGGAAACAGAACUGACAUCUUAAGGCUGAACGAUCUAACCAAGAUUUAUUCAGGCUCUUCCAACCCUGCAGUGGAUCGGCUGUGUGUUGGAGUCCGCCCUGGAGAGUGCUUUGGCCUCCUGGGAGUGAAUGGUGCUGGCAAGACAACCACAUUCAAGAUGCUCACUGGGGAUACCACAGUGACCUCAGGGGAUGCCACUAUAGCAGGCAAAAGCAUUUUAACCAAUAUUUCUGAUGUCCAUCAAAACAUGGGCUAUUGUCCUCAGUUUGACGCAAUUGAUGACCUACUCACCGGCCGAGAACAUCUGUACCUUUAUGCCAGGCUACGGGGUGUGCCAGCAGAGGAAAUCGAAAGGGUUGCCAACUGGAGUAUUCAGAGCCUCGGCCUGUCUCUCUAUGCGGACCGCCUGGCCGGCACGUACAGCGGAGGCAACAAGCGGAAGCUCUCCACGGCCAUCGCGCUCAUCGGCUGCCCGCCGCUGGUGCUGCUGGAUGAGCCCACCACUGGGAUGGACCCCCAGGCACGCCGCAUGCUAUGGAACACCAUCGUGAGCAUCAUCCGAGAAGGGAGAGCCGUGGUCCUCACCUCCCACAGCAUGGAAGAGUGUGAAGCACUGUGUACACGGCUGGCCAUCAUGGUGAAGGGCACCUUCCGGUGUCUGGGCACCAUUCAGCACCUGAAGUCCAAAUUUGGAGAUGGCUACAUUGUCACAAUGAAAAUCAAAUCCCCGAAGGAUGACUUGCUCCCAGACCUGAAUCCCGUGGAGCAGUUCUUCCAGGGCAACUUCCCCGGCAGCGUGCAGAGGGAGCGGCAUUACCACAUGCUGCAGUUCCAGGUUUCCUCCUCCUCCCUGGCCAGGAUCUUCCAGCUGCUCAUCUCCCACAAGGACAGCCUGUUCAUCGAAGAGUACUCAGUCACGCAAACCACGCUGGACCAGGUAUUUGUGAACUUUGCUAAACAGCAAACUGAGACUUAUGACCUCCCUCUUCACCCUCGAGCUGCUGGAGCCAACCAACAAGCCAAGGUCUGAGCUCCUCCACGCUGCUCUGGCACACCACCAGAAGGGACAUCGGGACAGCCAGAAGUGCAGCGGCCUUCGCCCUCCUGGCCAUCUGGACAGCUGACCGGCAUCAGCAACUGCUUGGGCACACACGGAGCCUGCAGUGGACCUGCGGAGGCUCCCUUAGGAGGAAAUCAAAACUGACUGGCUAGCUGGAACUCAUGGUGAACCUGUCCUGACCUGACCUGGCCAAACAAACACAGUCACGUUUCAUGUAGACCACAGGCGUAGAGAUUCCUGUCCUUCCCACUGGUAGCUUUGAGCUCCGCAUCACUUUCAUGUUGAGUGGGGUUGGCUUUGUGUGCGCUGAGAGGAGGAUGCAUGGAGGCAUUGCUUUGAAAGAGAAAUAAAAUGCAAACACUCUA